GAGAAAGCACUGAUUAGUCAGUUCACCACCACCACCACCAUGUUCCCCAAAGCUUGAGAUGCGGCUUCUUUGCUUUUAAUUUUGAAUACAAAAGAGAGAUAUACAUACGCUACGCUAUUAUUAUUCUCCUCCUCCUCCUCCUUCUUCUCUCUCUCUUCUCAAGCUGAUCACUCUCGGAAUCUGGUUUUCAUUUUUGGAUCAUCGUUGUUGCGGAAUCGUCAAGAGAUUCACAAAAAAAACAAAAAAAAAAGAUGUUUGAUGGUCUCCUAGGCCGCGGUUUUGCUCCUAAGGGAAAACCACUGAUAAAACUCACUAAGAAUCGGAUCGAUGUUCUUCGGAGGAAGAAGACUGCUACAAUCAAGUUUCUCAAGAAGGAUUUGGCUGAUCUCGUCAUUAACGGUCACGACGCCAAUGCUUAUAGCAGGGUUGGAGGGCUUCUUGAUGAAUUACGGUAUCUCUGGAAUCUUGACUUUCUUGAGCAGACCUGUGAUUUCGUAUACAAGCAGCUCUCUACGAUGCAAAAGAUUGGGGAAUGUCCAGAAGAGUGUCGUGAAGCUGUGUCGUCGUUAAUGUUUGCAGCCUCUGGAUUUUCUGAGUUGCCUGAGCUGCGUGAACUGAGGCAAAUGUUUCACGAAAAAUACGCAGAUUCACUUGGAUUGUUUGUUAACCAAGAGCUUGUUGAGAACAUGUCAUCAAAGCCAUUCUCUAUGGAGAAGAAAAUUAAGUUAAUGGAAGAUGUUGCAUUGGAGUUCUCUAUUCGCUGGGAUUCCAGAGAUUUUGAGAAAAGGAUUGAGAGACAGAAUAGUACUUCAGCAAAGGAGACCCCAAAAAGAACUUACGACAAGUACAAGCCUGUAGACAGAAACAUGGCCUUGCCAAAAAGAGAAGAGUUUGCAGGUUUUGAAAAUGGUCUUAGCUUGAACAGAAAAAAGGCUGAGGCAUCAGAAAGAAGAGAUCCUUUGUUUCAACCUGAUAAAGAAAGUUAUCAGAAUGGUCUUAGAGGAAAUCAGCAUAGCCUAACAUCUAAAGAAAGGUCAGAUAAUGUUAGCCAUGCCUCCAGAUCGGAAAGCAAGGACAAUAAGGCAGAAAGGAAAGAGUUUCAUUUGUCGCAUAAGCAAGCAUCUGCUAGAGAAAGACAUCAGCCUAUUUUUAACGAAGGUGACACUAUUGUGAUGAAGGUCAAACAUGAGAAUCUCGGUCAAGGGAAUGGACAUCGACCUGGUGUAGUUGACGCACAUAAGAAACCCGAGGUUAUUGCCCCAGAAAGAAAAGAGUUUUAUAGAGAAAGACAUCGACCCAUUUUCAACGAAGGUGACACUAUAGUAAUGAAGGUCAAGCGUGAGAACCAUUUUCAAGGGAAUGGAAAUCAAAAUGGUGUAGUUGAUGCGUAUAAGGAAACAGAGGUUAAUGCUUCAGAGAAACAUAAGCCUAGCAGCACCAAAAGAGCUGACAAGUUAGUUAUCGGAUUUAAACAAGAGAGUUUCUUUCAAGGAUACAAACAUGAGAAAAACGAAGAGCAUGCACAUCAGAAAGUGGAAGACAAUACCUCAAGACCUCCGAAGCCAAGUAGCAAGUUAAAGAGAGCGGAAUCUACUGAUCCAGGAUCUAGACACCGUAAUGGUUGGGAGAGUAAAGAAAAUGCAGUUCUUGUGGGAAAGAGCACGGAAGAAGAUCCAUCUGUUGGUAAAGUUAAGGGUGGUGAAAAUGAAUAUGGUCAAUCAAAUCCAACAUGGAAAGUUGAGGAGCGAGAAACAGAGAGAAUGAAAUCGCCUUUCUACAAAUCCCUUCCACCUCCGUAUGUUAAAUCUAGUAGUAAAGCAAGGAAUGAAAAAGCUGAAGCUUCGGAGAACACAAAGGCUCGUUUUGAUGGCGAAGAAGGGAAUCAUGCAGACAUUGAUAAGAAUGUUUCUGGGGUAGAGAAGGGAAUUGAAGGAGGUCAUCUUCAAGUAGAUGAAAUAGAUAAUGCAUCUCUGAAACGGCGAACUAGUAGAAGAAAACACAUUGUACAAUCAGUUGGUGAUGAUGAUCAUACAAGAAGCCGAAGAAGGGAAAACUCAAGGAAAGGGCUUCAAGUCUUAGUUGAUGAGGAUGAGAAGGACAAUGAGGAAAAGAUAAUGGAUAAACUUCUCAUGCAUUACAGUAAGAAACCUUCAAGUUAUGAAAAGAACAAUGUACAACAAGGAUCCAAAAGCAGACGUACACAUCUUAAAAAAAGUGAUUCUGAUGAAGAGAUGAUGAUUCCUCAACCCGUCAGGUCACGUUCAUUACCCCCUGAACAAUGGGCUGAGCCAUCUGAACCUAGAAAAACGUUUGCCCGUGCAGCCUCGUUUCAGCCAGAACGUUCGAGUGAAGCUAAGCACGUUCACCCCAAGUUACCAAACUAUGAAGAUUUGGCUGCCAGAUUUGCAGAGCUUAAAGGAAUGUAGAUUAUACAGUUGAUGCCUAGAAACGUAGAUGGAGAUUAAAUACCCAAUUCACAUAUUCGUUAUUAACUUCUUCAUAGUGCUUUGUCCCAUAUUGCAUAUGUAUUAUGGUCUGUUUGUUAUACUAGUUGGGAUUGGGAGAGUGACACAUUGUUAUGGACCCCAAAUGUUGUUGAUCAAAUGUUUGCUUUUGGAUUUUAUGCAUCAGUUUAAUAACAAAGUUUAAAGGUACUGAUGAUUAACAUGAUUUUUCA